GGCAGCACGGCAGCCAGGGUUGUAGGUUCGGUGUAACGGACUGUUGUCGUUCGUCGGGGCCGCGUGUCGAGCUUGUGUCCAGGAAGAAAUGGCCGGGAUUAAAGCUCUCAUCAGCCUGUCCUUCGGAGGGGCCAUUGGCCUAAUGUUCCUCAUGCUGGGAUGUGCCCUCCCUGUGUAUGAUAAAUACUGGCCCUUGUUCCUCCUCUUCUUCUACAUCCUGUCUCCCAUCCCGUACUGCAUCUCGCGGAGAUGGUCGACGACACGGGACUCGGCCAGUAACGCCUGCAAAGAGCUGGCCAUCUUCCUCACGACGGGCAUCGUCAUCUCGGCGUUCGGCCUGCCCGUCGUCUUCGCCAGAGCUGACGUAAUCGCCUGGGGGGCGUGUGCGCUCGUGCUAACGGGCAACGUCGUCAUCUUCGGGACCAUCCUGGGCUUCUUCAUGGUCUUUGGGUCCAAUGACGACUUCAGUUGGCAGCAGUGGUAA